AUGAGUGGCACAACAGGGUCAAAUGACAGGGCAAGGCAUGCCAACACGGGUGACAAGGGAAACAAGUUUCUCAAGAAACGGCAAAACACCAGGAAAAGAGGUGUUUCGCCGCCGAAACUCAACCCGUUCCGCACCGGGGUGUCCUCGGGGGACCACAGCUUGCCGAGAAAACCAGUGGUAAAUGCUACCCCUGCAGACGCACCGAAGAAGCAGCAAGCAACUAUCAACAAAAACGUGAACCUGGGACCUCUCGUUUCGGACCCGGCAACGUUCGGGUUUAAACCAUUACAACAUGUGGAGCGGUCCUUGCCGCGGUUUCUACUGACACAACAGCCCCAAUUGCGUCCGAGGAAAUUUGUUCAGGAUCAUUGGGAUAAAUUGAACCAGCAUAAGAUGGAGAAAUUGGAGGAGUCCAUCGAGGACCUAAAUGAACUGUACGAGACACUAAAGAAGAUGAGGGAAGUGGAGCGGCUGAUGAUGGAGCGCAAGGGACUUGUCGAUAAGGCGGACCUCGCCAAGGACUUGAACGAUGCCAUUGUGUUCCAAGGUACAUGUCUCGAUAUGUGUCCCGUUUUCGAGAGAGCAAGGAGAAACGUCGAAUACACCGUUUUCUCGUACGAAAAAGAGACUCCAGACCAUAAAAAGGCUUCGAGAAAUAAAGCUUUGAAAGUAUUUGCUAGACCAGCGGCAGCAGCUGCACCUCCACUGCCUUCAGAUGUUAGACCACCACAUGUACUUGUGAAAACAAUGGACUACAUUGUCAAUAACAUUCUCGAUACUCUGCCUAAAUCUGAAGGGUUCAUUUGGGACAGAAUGAGAUCAAUACGACAAGAUUUCACCUUCCAAAACUAUGCAGGCCCGGAGGCAAUUGACUGUAACGAACGGAUUGUGAGAGUCCACUUGUUAAUUUUGCAUAUUAUGGUCAAAACAAACUCAGAGUUUUCUUUGCAACAAGAAUUGGAACAAUUACACAAGUCCUUGAUAACGUUGGCGGAAAUUUACGACGAUGUAAGGGCAAAUGGGGGGUCGUGCCCGAACGAGGCAGAGUUCAGAGCUUACGGUUUGUUGAGUAAAAUGCGGGAUCCGCAAUACGAUCAGACAAUCCAAGAACUGCCAACGGAAAUAUUUCAAGACCAUUUGGUCCAACUAGCCCUAUGUUUCAGGAAGAUUGUGUCAAAUUCUAACUUCAAAGAAAGGGGUUACAUAAGGACUGAAAAUUGCCUGAAUUUCUAUUUAAGAUUCUUCCAGUUAAUCACUUCACCAAAAGUACCUUUCUUGAUGAGUGCAUUUUUGCAGACCUACCUUGGUGAGAUUAGAUUUUACACCGUGAAAGCACUUGCGAACUCGCUGAACAAGAAACACAAGCCGAUACCUUUCGAUAAUUUGAUCGAAAUUAUGGCCUUCAAUAACGAACAGGAGCUAACCGACUUUUGCAAUUACUAUUCCAUUGAACUAAUUGACAAAACUGUUGAUGUUAGAUCGUUGACGCAUUUCUCUCAUCGUCUCCCCGAGACACAACCUCUGAAACAAACUUAUUUGAAAAGCGUAGAUGAUAAAAUGCGUGCAUUCUCAUACCAACAAAUUAUAAACUCUGGUAAACCAAAUCUCGAUUCGCUGCCAGAGUUAGGAAUAGAACCUGUCAUCAUAAACAUGGGUCAAUCUUUGGGCACUAACACAAACGACCAACCUGCACCCCAGAACAGUAAAGUGCCCAUAUUCGACCUUAGAAAUAAGGCUACACAGCUCCCGGCACAAUUUCCAUCCAGUGUACCACCCCAGAAAUUUGGAAAUUUGCCAACUACAACCACCAAAAAUACUCCUAACGAUAAAUCACAGUUGCUGUUUCCAGCUGCAUCGGAACCAAUCGAAACCGGGCCACCAAAACAGACAAAUACUUCCAGCAAUACUAUGUUUCCAACUUUUAAGUUAAACAAUAAUAGAAACGAGCAAUUUGCUGCUACUCAACCUGUUCGGACAAACACUCCAUCGAUAUCAACCAAACAGUCUUCCUUGUCUUUUUCGACAAUCCAAAAGCCGGGUGCUAAAACAACUGCGCCAGGUGUAAAGACUGAAAGUAAUUUGGGGGAGGAUACCGUGCAAUUACCAAAUAGUGUUGCGCUAGAAACUGCUAAUACAAUAAUCAGUGAAGUGGUUCAUGGGCGGUGCUCGAGUAUCACGAAACAAUGCAUGAAAGAAAAUCAAAAUGAAACGAAGGUUAUCGACUCGCUGUCGGAAGAGCUGUUUCAGGCAUUUAUGCGGGAAAAGAUGUACACAAUUUACGGCGAAUGCAAGGCAGACAAUUAUCGGAUUCAAACGUUAUUCAAGGAAAACUUUAAAACAUGGAAAAACCACUUUGAAGAACGGAAGAAACAUAGGGAGUUGCAAAGAACAAGAAAACAGGAAAUUAAAUCAGUCCAGCAACAACUCGGUGUCCCUAAUUGGAGUAAAACGAGAAAAGUAUGGGACACGCCAAGAAAGGAUAGGGAUAACUCGUUUCUGUUAUCUUCAGACAAGAAGAGAGGUGUCAUGUUUUCUCCUGUCGAUAACGAGAGAAAUGCUUUCUCCACUCAAUUGAACAACAAAAAUGAAUUGUGGAACCCUUACAACUUAAAGGAAAUGUACUUGACUCCUGUACUGAGCAAAGUUUCACCGUCAGUGCAGAACGUUACUUUCAGUAUCUUGCUGUAUGGGGAUAGAUGGACAUCUAUUCCUAAUCGGUGGGUAUUAAACAAGUUCAAUAUAAUCGAUCCAUCACUCCCCCUAGUUCUGCGAGAACGUAAUGUUGCCUUGGAGGUAAAGUGUAUCGAUAACUCAUACGAUUCUGAAACCUUGGAAAACACACAAUUGAUUGUUUUCAAUACUGGAGUCACUCAUUCUGACAUAUUCGAUCUAGAAAUGAAGUUACAAAAAGAUGGCGAAGAGCUUAUCAAGCUUAUCACGAAAGUUUCCAUGAACACUAAGUUUUGUUUCAAUCUGCUCAUGAUUUACUGGGAAUCAUCGAAAACAGCUAUAGCCUCUUCCAAAAUAAGCAAAUACCUGAAAUUGAGCCGAAUUGAAAGGAGUUUUAACAGUGUGUUGUUGAAUAUCGGUUUCGUUAGUAUAUCUGAUUUAUCUCCUCACAAAGUACUGGAGAAUGGUUUGAGAAGAAUGGCUGGUGAUUUUGAGUACAAACUUUCAGCUCGCGGCAAAUGUCAAGAAAUUGUACAGAGGAAGAGAACACUAACAGGCACUCUGUUGCAACACAAACAAGAGUUGAGUAGCUUGGAGAACUUCGACGAAAAGAUGAAAAGAAUAUUAGAAUCCGAAAAUGACAAAUACAGACAGCAUCAAAAUAGUAAGAAUACGUAUGCUCGUCUUCAAUCUCACAUAAUGGCAUCCCCGAGGGCAAAAAAGAAAAAACUCCCUGUUCUAUUAUCUGAGUCAAAAAAGCAUACUAAUAAGUUCAGAACGCCGUCGGGAGGUAGAUUCCCAGUUCCCGGUAGUUCCCCGAUGUCGUCUCAUUUAGCCAUGAAGGUACAAAAAGCUGAUCAAACAUUGGCGAUAGAACAAGUACUGCCGGUAAGAACUCCCUCGCAUAGUACCAAUGUCCCUACCACCUCCAUGAUUGCAUACCAUACUACACCCACGGUCGAUACUCAUGGACAUUCAAAGGUCUUGUCGAAUGGUUUAUUUGUUCCAGGUGACAAAUCGUCUACUAUCUAUCAGACACCGUUACCGGUAUCAAAUCAGUUGAAUAGAAACCUGUCUACCGCUUCCGAAGAUGAAGUUCAUGAUAUUCAAGAGUUGAAGGGAUUAAUUCAGACUGUUCGUAAGAGAAUACAAAAUACACAGUAA